GCUAAUCCAAAUGCCAUAAUCCCAAUCCAGGAGCCGAUGUCACCAUUAUUUAGGGUCGGAUGGACUAUACGGUCAGUGAUAAUGCAUUCAACGCCGCAACUGAUCCGCGAUCGCAAAUAUCACUUACCAUUGCCUACACUCUAUCACAAGUGUAUAAUUGGGUCCGAACUGAUCGACUGGAUCCUCAAUGUGACCACUAAUACACCCGUUAGAGUCCACUCCAGAGGACAGGCGGCUGCCAUGUGUCAGGUGCUCCUCGAGGGACAGGUGUUAACUCAGGUAACCACAGAAUCGGUUCCGUCGACGACGACCGGCGCCGACGACGACAAUAAGAGCCAAUUCCUGGACCGAUAUGUGUUGUAUCGGUUCUGUUUCGACGAUCAAAUCGAUUCCGCGGUCACCACCGAAGACAAGAGGAUCGCCGAAUCAGAACUCAUGCAAUCGCUGUCAUCGUUGGCACAGUUGGCUCCGGACGCUAUACUAAGGCUCAUAUUACGCAAACCACCUCAAAAGCGUACGGAAGAGGAGAUGGAGUCCGUGUUUGAAGAGCUGUUGCACAUCAAAGCGCUGUCACAUCUCUCCAAUUCAGUUAAGAAAGAGUUGGCCGCUGUUAUCGCCUUCGAGUCUCACCCAAAAAAGCAAACUAUUUGUUAG